UAAACUAAAGAUAACAUUAUUAAUGUUCACAAAGCGAGUUUUGUGUAUGUUUAUUUUAAUACUUUUUUUAAAAAAAAUCAACUUCUCAACAAUGUUGUUUUAGCUCUUCCGGUUAGCCUAGCCGUUAGCUUAGCUUCGUCACCGGGAGGAAGACGCAGUGUGACGCGGUGGAGUCCGACAUGGAGGACAUGUACAUUAAACCAGGUAACCAGGAGCGGGGCUGGAACGACCCCCCCCAGUUCUCAUAUGGCCUUCAGAAGGCCCACGGACCACAGAGGAGCCUCCUGAACAAGAGAGCAGCUCCACCAGAAGCUACAGGUACAGGAGCUCCACCCAUGACUCCUCCCUCCUCCAGUCCUCUGGCUCCACCUCCAACAGGUUUGGCCCCACCCCCUCUAACACCAGCUCGUCAUCCUCCUGGCCGUGUGGCCACGCCCCCUCCCACAGUGGGACCAAUGAGCAGUCAGAGAGAGGCUGACAGCAGCCAAUCAGAAAGCGAGCCUGACAUGGAGGACGUGAUGUCGGUGUUGAACCGAGCACUCGCUGCCUGCAGACAGACAGUUAAAGAUCAGGUGUGUAGUGACGUGGAAAAGAGGCUCCGCCUCCUGGAGGACAGCUGGAGGACAGGUCGUCUCAGCCUACCUGUGAGGAGACGCAUGCUCACCCUGUCUCUGGAGCUGCAGGUAGGCCACUGGGACUCGGCUGAUGAGGUCCAUCGCUCACUGAUGGUCGAUCAUGUGACUGAGGUCAUCCAAUGGAUGGUCGGUGUGAAACGACUCAUCGCAGAGACCCGAAAAUUGAGUCCAGAACUCUUAAAACCACUUCAAAAACCUUCAGGACCAGCCCAGGACUCUGCAGGACCAGCCCAGGACUCUGCAGGACCAGCCCAGGACUCUGCAGGACCAGCCCAGGACUCUUCAGGACCUGCAGAACCAGUCCAGGACCCUGCAGCACCAGUCCAGGACCCUGAAGAACCAGUCCAAGACCCUGCAGAACCAGCCCAGGACUGUUAAUCAUGCAGGAAUCUGCAGGAUUUCUUUUUACAUUCAGCACACUUUGACUCUUAAAACCAGAACCAGUAUCUGGUGUCAAUAAUCCUCACAUUCAUCUUCACACUUCAGCUGAGGGUCAAAGGUCAGAACUGCAGGAUCCAGUGGGCCUUGGGGGUUUCCUCAGAGACACCUGAUGGAUCCUUCAGCUCUGGGCCGGCCUGUGUUUGGCAGCUGGAAUAUGGACUCUGGACUCUCUAGACCAGAGGCUUUCAAACUGUGAGGCUCCUCUCCAGCGGGAGGAAAACCCCUCAAGACUCUGGUCUCUAGACUCUAAAUUCUAGCCUCUGUAAUCUGCACUCUGGACCCUGUACUCAAGACUCUUGAUCCUAUACUCAAGACUCUAGACACUGUAUUGACGUUGAACUUUGGACCCCAUACUGUAGACUCUUGAUCCUAUACUCAAGACUCUGGAUGCUAAAAGACCCUGGUCUCUGGACCCUGUACUCAAGACUCUGGACUCUGGACCCUAUACUGGAGACCCUGGACUCUUGACCCUAUGCUCAACACUUUGGACUCUCUACCCUUAACCUGAGACUCUGGACUCCGGACCCUAUACUAAAGAGUAUCAGUGGCCUGUUUCUGGGUCUUAAUGAAUAAAUCUCUCCUCUUU